UCUUCUUCUUUUUCUCCUUCUUCCUCACCCCUUUCUUCCUCCGCGGCUCUCCUUCUCUCAUCUCUUUCUGUUUUUUUUUUGUUUUUUUAUUUUUCACGCGUGUCUGCACGCGAAUACAUUUCCUCCUCAACCUUCGCGUCCAGCACGAGCAGCUGCAGUACUCCAAGGCGGCGAUCUCCAUGCACAUUAUUGGUUUUAACUUCCAUGGAGAACAUACCGUUUAAGGCUGGACAACUGGCCGAAUUAAGGUCUUUUGGUUUUGGUUAUCGUGGUGCGUGGUUUCGAUGCAAGAUUAAAGAGUUCACAGAGAGAAAUGGAAUGCUUGGACAUAUCUCGGAAUACUAUGACUACGCGGAUGAAAAAUUAACUUGGACUAAGCUAUAUCAGCUACCCAUCGGGAACACAAAAAGGAAACAUAGCGAAUUGAUGAUGAGGCCACAGUACCCUCCUAUCUGUAAUGAAAAGCAAAUGCCUCAUGUUAGUGAGAUCUCAGAAGUUACGGUAAUUGUUUGUGAUUCCUGGAAGGUGGGUGAUUUGGUGGACUUGUUCCAUACUGGCUGUUACUGGUGUGGAAGAAUAACGCAAUUAUUUGAUGAUCAAAAGGCUCAGAUUGAGCUGAGACCACCACCUCUUGGUGAAGGCUCAUCUUAUAAAGCACUUCUGAAGGAUUUACGCCCAUCUUUAGACUGGUCUCUUCAACAUGGUUGGACAUUACCUACUCAGGAAGAUGGUUUUGGCCACCCUUGUGCUCGCCUUGUGAAACCCAUUAAUCGAGGCAUUGAGGAUGUUUCGAUAUUUGCUGGAUUGCAUGCUAGAUUGUUGUCCUUUCCCCAUGUUUCCUCUAACACAUCAACUCCUUUAAGUGAAGUGAAGAGCACAAAUACAUUAGAGAUCAACAAACGAUUAUGUGGAACAACACUUACGAAGGAACAAAAGAAUGAUAUAGAAAAAAGUGCAAGCCAUGGAUGUGGAGAAAGCAACAUUAGGAAAACAAGUCAAGUGGAUACUGCCUAUAGGGGUAGCACAAUUGAACAAGAAGCUGCAGUUGUUGAGGAUGGCAUGAAUCGCAAAAGGUUGAGGGCUAGUGGAGGAGACAUUCUAAAUUCAAGACACUCAAAUACGCUUGAAGCAACAAUCAUGGAUUUGGAGCAAUAUAUCAACAAAGUUAAAUGGCUCAAGAAGAUUUUGCAACACGAGAUUUCAUCUUCUAAGAAUCAAAGACCUUCAAGCAACAAUCAUGGAUUUGGAGGAAUAUAAAAACAAAGUUAAAUGGCUUAAGAAGAUUUUGCAACAUGGGAUUUCAUCUUGUGAGAAUCAAAGAGCUUCAAGCAACAAUCAUGGAUUUGAAGGAAUAAAUAAACAAAGUUAAGUGGCUCAAGAAGAUUUUGCAACAUGGGAUUUCAUCUUCGGAGAUCAAACACCUCAAUCAAAGUUUAUGGAACCCUAUGCUACCUUAGAAAUUCCAAAGUAAAUAUGCUCAAGUUUUUGUUAGGAAUUGGCAAAGCUAAGAAAGUUUUUGUUAUGGUUGACUUGGUGUAGUCUGCCUAGAUAUACGUAGCGUAUCUCUACCAUAAAUGAGAGAUGGUUGGCAUCUCCCCCGAUAGGAACGUAACAGCCUUCAGGCUUUACUUGUAACCGACACAUUCGAUUAAGGCUUUCCAUAGGCGGCGCUAGUUGACAAGUUCGAGAUGAAUCGAGCUAAAAACAUGAAGAAUUUGUAAAGCUUGUGGAAGUAGAAAUGAUUUCUUCUUUUGUGUUUCUUUUGAAUGAAGGAAUAGUUAAUGCCUUUACAUUUGAA